AUGACAGAUAAUCAUUUAAAGCGGAUAAAUGCCCAAAAUGACAAUAUAAUUUCGAAUGAUUAUGCGGAAGUUCGAGUAUUGCUAGAUCGAUAUUACGCGAUAACGGCACGGAAAUAUGGCAUAUACCAUGAUUACGAUUCUAAAAAAGUUAGCAAAGAUUUGAGAGAUAUUCCUAUUGAUGAUAAAACGGAAGCAAGCAUUAAUCGUAAGGAAGGUGUUGUGGGUGAUCUAUUCGAGAAUGAUAUCCUAUUAACAUUACCACAAAUUAAAGCUUUACUUAAUGAGGAUAUCAAAACCAUUAAAUGGCAAAAUUUAAUUCGUACCGCUUUGUAUCAUAUCGAAACCGAAACAUGCAUUCGCUUCAAGGAGAAUGGUGGUAACAGGAAUCAUAUAUAUUUCAUACAAGGUAAAGGAUGUUGGAGUAAUGUUGGUAAAGUUGGCGGUCGACAAUUGAUAUCCAUUGGAUUUGGAUGUGAAGCGGUUGGUAUAGUGGUGCAUGAAAUGUUACACGCUUUGGGUUUAUGGCAUGAACAAUCACGUACCGAUCGUGACAAUUACAUCUGGAUCAAUUAUGCUAACAUUUAUCCAGGUACUCAAGGGAAUUUUGAAAAGCGAACAAUGAUAAAUAUUGAUAACAUGGGAUUAUCGUAUGAUUAUGGUUCCCUGAUGCAUUAUGGUCCGAAAGCAUUCACAAUCAAUUAUGAUAGAUAUACGAUUGAGACACGUGAUCGUCGAUAUCAGCAAACAAUCGGACAACGAGAAGGAAUUUCAUUCAAAGAUGCAAAAUUGAUUAAUUUACGAUACUGUAAUGAUAUCUGUCGAUAUCGAAUAAAUUGCUAUAACGGUGGAUAUACGAAAUCCAAAUAA